ACACUAGCACUGCUAGAAGCUUCUUCUGUGUAUCUCAAGAUCCUGUGAUGGAUUGAGCUUAAGCCUUCAAUCAGACAUGUGGCAGAUGCAGCAGAUCUAUGAUUUACUCGCUUGUGUCAAUUGUUUUCAGCGUCAAGUCCUGAGCUUCCAUAAACACUAUUAAUUCCUCCAAAAAAACUAGAAAACGACAUCAUAGAACUCUCAUUGCCUGCAGGCUUCUGUAUGCUUACAGACACUAAUGUGGUGAGUCCAGGCAGCCUAUUUUUUGCUUGUGCUGUGCCCCUUUUCCUAGUGCAGUUCUAUGUUGCCUUUUUCUUUUAAAUUUCCUCUAAAUCUUCAUCCUCUGCUUUGAGAAAAAAAACCCUUUGCACUGAGGAGAAGGAGAGAAGGGUGUUUGACGAGCUCCGAAAGGUUCCAGAGGCUAAGAGUCCUAUCUUGACAGUUAAAUAAAGCAAAACUAAAUAAAUAAAACCAAACAACUGGACAGUUAUUUCUUUCUCUCUUUUCCUCUUGUACACUCUUAAUAAAUGAAGCUCAAGGAGGCUGGCUGUUCCCUGUGGAUUAUGCACUAGUUAACUGGCUGCAGGCUGCUCCCUUGCUUUAAAACGUUGUGUCAUCUUGCUUGUCAGGAGGAGGUGGAAGUGCUUCAAGUAGCAGAGAGAGAGGGAGAGAGGGAGAGGGAGACGGAGAGAGAUACAAAAAGGUAUUUUUUCAUUGGCUGCCACUUCUUUCCCUCCCUUUGCUGAGCUCACCUAGGUGGCUUCCCCCCGAUACAGAUGCCUGCCUCCCUCCUUCAUGGUGCUGAAGAAGUCAAGAGCUAAGAGUUUUAACGAGGAGUAAAUAUUUACCAGCGAGUAGGCUAAAGACCUACUGAGCUCAGCAGACAUUAAUCUCUUGUGGAUCACAGUUGGGUGGGACAACAGCUUUCAUCCUUUUUUUCUUUUUUUCCCCCUACAAGAAGGAUUAUAUUCAGUCUUGGAACCUUGGAAUACAGCGUGGAUUAUAAAAGAAGGGAUGGAUCUGAAGCAAACCCCAAGUGAGGGCAGUGUGGGGAGCUUUCAACCCACCAACAUCCAGGUUUUUGCCGGCAGCUCUACCUUCCAUGGCAUCCGGCACAUUUUCGUCUACGGGCCAAUGACCAUUCGACGCUUGCUCUGGAUGGUGGCCUUCAUCGUCUCUCUUGGACUGCUGGUAGUGGAGAGCGCUGAACGAGUGGCCUACUUCUUCUCCUACCCCCAUGUCACCAAGGUGGAUGAGGUGGUGUCUAACAGCCUGGUCUUCCCGGCCGUCACCAUCUGCAACCUCAACCAGUACCGCUUCUCCAAGCUGAGCCGCAAUGACCUCUACCACGCUGGAGAGCUGCUGGCCCUGCUCAACGUCCACAUGGAGAUCCCUGACCCUCACCUGGCCGAGCCAGAGGUCCUGGCCGUCCUGAAGGAGAAAGCCUACUUCGAAAACUACAAACCCAAACCUUUCAGCAUGCCUGAGUUCAUGGAACGAGUGGGACACGACCUGAAAGAAAUGAUGCUGAGCUGCAAGUUCAAGGGCAAGGUGUGCACCCACCAGGACUUCAAAGUGGUGAGUCCCUGA